GCGAAGGAGGGCGGAGGGUCGAUAGCGAGAGGGAAGCCCUUUUGCUACUUAUCCUGCAGGAAUAUCGGGGUCUGGACGUCACCCCACGAUGGCGGGUGCCAUAAUAGAAAACCUGAGUGGCCGGAAACUAGGCAUCCUCAUCGGUUUCCUGAUGAUUUGCCAAAUCGCCUGCUUCCUUGUGGGAGGAUUGAUUGCACCUGCACCAUCUUCUGUGAUGUCCAUGUUAGGCACAAAAUGCAUUGACAAGAACUACAAGAACACUCAGUGGUACUGGAGUCGCGGAAAGCAGCCGUGCAAAAGCAUCGGUGACUUUGACAGCCCCAUCGUUCAGGAGCAGAAGAUUAGUGCCAAUGACAUCGUCUUCAGUUUCCAGAUUCCUAUUCCUAAAGAUGGCUACCCCCUGGACUAUUCACGUUGGCAACAGAACCUAAUUGCAAUGCUGCACCUGGAUAUACUCUAUGACGAUGAGGAUGAAGUGGCCCCAGAUGCCGUGAUGACCCUAGAUGCUCGCUUGGGCUAUAGCAAUCGAGGUGAUCCGGAGGGGAAGUGGACAGAAUACGCCUCGUCAGUUGAGCAGCGGCAUUUAGACUGCUCCAUUGAACAGAAAAAGACAGGUUACAUGUAUAAUUGCUCUCAUGUGCCACUCUUUGAACUGGGAUCUCUGCACCAUGACUUCUAUCUCUUGAAUGUUCGACUGCCAGUGGACAUAGUAGAUUCAUCCGAAGAAGCUAGCAUGAACACAAAACUCGGCCACAUCCAUGACAUGUGGGUUGCGUUCAUCCACCAAAAUGGAGGCUUCACCAAAGUGUGGGUGUCCCUCAAGACCAUCUUCUUCCCAAUUAUUGUGGCCAUCAUGGUCUGGUUCUGGCGUCGCAUCUCGCAGCUUUCCCGUCCACCAGCACUCUUAGAGUACAUGCUGAUGGUGCUCGGUGCUGCUCUCACGCUGCUGAAUUGUCCACUGGAAUACCUGACCUUAGCUUUCGACUGCCCAUGGAUGACUGUGGUCAGUGACAUUAGGCAGGGACUUUUCUAUGCCUCCCUGCUCUCAUUCUGGCUUAUCUUUGCUGGUGAACAUCUGAUGGUGGGUAUUGCAGUGAUUCCACCGAAAAAAAAGAUUGUUAAUAACAAUAACUAAAAAUAUUGGCGUCACCUGAGUGCUGUCCUCGGAGGGUGUCUUUGCCUCUUCAUCUUCGAUAUGUGCGAACGUGGAGUGCAGCUGCGCAACCCCUUCUAUUCCAUCUGGGCGACAGAAAUUGGAACUAACCUGGCUCUGGCCUUCAUUAUCUUGGCAGGUGUUUGUGCUGGUCUCUACUUCUGCUUCCUCUCGUACAUGAUAUGGAAGGUGUUCAUGAAUAUUAGCAGCAAACGUCAGUCACUACCAGCGAUGUCUUCGGCACGUCGCCUUCACUAUGAGGGCAUUAUAUACCGUUUUAAGGUCCUGAUGCUUGCAACUCUCCUGUGUGCAGCAAUGACUGUGAUUGGUUUUAUUCUUGGACAGGUGUCAGAGGGACAGUGGACCUUGGACGACAACAUCAAGCUGGAAUACACGAGCGGUUUCUUCACUGGGGUUUAUGGGAUGUGGAAUAUCUACACCUUUGCCCUCAUUUGCCUCUAUGCUCCAUCACACAAGCGCUGGCCAAAGGAUCAGAAUACGCAGAGCAGCACUGGGGAGGAGAUCGAAUUCAGUCGCCUGGCCACAGAACCGUCAGAAAUGUCAUCCCUUACUGCCUUCACCAAGAAGUCUGCGACUGACUAAAAUUUCUUGUAGGGAAAGAAUGGUUGACAGUCACAGCAUUACAUGAAAAUACUCAGAAUCAUGGAAUCUCCUUGAUGAAUAUCAAUUAUGUGUGUAGAUGUACUAUUGUCUGCCUCUUCAAGCUUUUUGUGUGACAAAUAAGCACUUUUCUGUAAGAUUUUUAAAAGUACCUGAAUGCUAUGACACAGUUUUUCACAUCUUUAAUUAAUUAGCACAACACAGCCUAUGCUAUUCACAGUAUCAGCAGUUCACUUCUUUUCAUUCUGUCUACUUUUCUUUCUCUCUUUUAAAUGUCAUUGGGUCAUCGUUUAAAAAUGUACAGAGAACUCAUUGUAAAUUCACUUUUUCAAGGGCAUGGAUUGCUUCGGUGGUAUUAUAUAAAAGUGUACUGAUCAUUAGCUUCCUGAAUGCCUGCUUUUGGAAGAUUUGAAUGAGCUGAUACACAGGAUCAAGUAACAAAGAAUAUCGUCCAUAAAUUAAAUUUUUAUAAAGUAAAAGAGACUCCAUUUCAUAAAACACUUGAUUGCUUUUUCCUGUGUAUCUCCAGAAUUCGUACUCAGAUAAUGCCUAAGCUAAGGCUAGGGACCUCUUUUAAGUAUUAAUGUCAGAUGGAUUCUCUCUAUUAAAAACUUAGUAUUAGUGUCUGUAUUUGGUGUUUUAGAUAUGUAAAAGAUGCUAAUGCUGUAGUUACUAGUAUUUGAUAUGUACUUUGUGAUGUGUAGUGACCUCUUUUUUUUUUCUUUUUGCUUUUUUUUUUUUUUUUCUUUCCUUAUCUCAAUAUAUGUUGUGUUGUCCAUGAUCAUCCAUAUUUAGAAAAUAAUGUAUGAUUUGAAGUGAUUGAUAUCAUCUUUUUGGAGAAAGGAAGAUUGCAACAUGGAAGUAAAUAACAUAAGGGAAAAAAGCCUCUUUUCAGGAUGGUGAUUUUUAAGGCACCCAACUAAUAAAAACUGCUGAUACAUUACAAGGGAGUGCCAUAUAAGGGAAAUUCUGUAGAAUGACUACCGUGUGUUUUCAUCCUGAGUAUAGAUUGUAGAGCCUCCAUCAAUUCUAAAAAACUGAAGAUGAUAUCAGGUGACUUCUGUUGUGUGUCAAAUGAUUUCAGACCAAAUGUUUGAAUGGCAGCUUACAACACUGAACAGCGUAAUUUUGUCUUGUAUUUAUUUUUCUUCAAUUAUGUAUAUAGUCCGUGUUAUAAAUGUCUUACUUAGAAUGACUUUAAGAGAAGAGUUCCUUUAUAGAAGUAGAUAAAAUUUGGAAACACAUGUAUUCAAAAAAAGAGAGAUUAUUAUUAUUAUUAUUAGCACAUUGGUAAGCAUUAUGUAAAUUUUGUAAUGAAAAUGGAAAUUAAUAAUAAAAAGUAUAUUAAAGGAUUGUAAAAAGAAUAGCAGGAAAAAGGAGUCAGUAUAUCUGAAAGGCUAGGAGUAUUGGUCUUUAUGCACAAGCUAUGAGACCUGGCUUUCGAGAUGUUAAGCGAUAUUACUCACACUGGGUCUAUUAUCAGUUCAAGUUAAAGUGCCAACAAAAGUGUGGGAAUCUGUAAUGUUCUGUAUCCUGUAAUUUGCCCAGUCAUUGCAUUGCUUUACACUGAGAAUUUAUUUUCAGAGGAGAAUAAGGCAGCUGGCAAUUAAAAAAAUAAAUGUGCCAUUCAUAUUUAAGGCUGUAAAUGAAUUGAGAAGUACCCUCAAAGGAAGAAGUCUUAUUUAGAUAAUAAAUCAAAUCUCUUUAUUGCAGAGUUAUCAUAACUGUUCAGACAGCACUCUUUUUCAGGAAAAACUCUUAUAGAGAGCAGCUAGCAACUUUAAAAACACAAGUGAAGAUUAUUUUCGGCAUUAUUAAAUGUUAGCCAGCUUCAGCGCAGAUGCUUUACAGUUCUCAUAGAUAGUUAUGAUAGUCAUCUUAGUAGGUCUUCCACUUUUUAAUUUUUAGUAAUAGUUUGAGUAUUUUUGAUCAUUUAUAUAAAUGCACAUGCAUGACUCAUUAUUUAACUACUUAAUGUCUGUUUUACAGGCUGGGCAGUUCUGUCAUGUUAGUUUUAAUAUUGAUAUUUUUGUCAUAUUUAUAUGCAUUGAUUUAAAAGUGUUUUAUGUUAAUAAAGUGUAGUUCUUUUUUACACAA